CCCUCCCCCUUUUGCAGACAAACAGUCAAAACAUUCCAAUGCUGUGAGCUAGAAUCCGGUGCAGAGAUCCCUGACAAAACGCAAAACAUCAGGUACGGUCAUGGCUCACCAACAUGCCUUACUUCUGCUGAUAAUCCUGGCUGGCACUGUCAAUGGGCAACAACAGCAACAGUUAAUGGACUACAUGGAGAGGAGACUGGCUGUCUUAGAGGAACGGAUCUCCCAGUGGCAUGAUCAGAGUAGCCGUUACUCCACUGAGUUGAGAGAUUUCAAGAACAAAGUAAUUUCCAUGCUGGAGGCAGUGGAGAAAGAACGAGAAACACUUCGUGCAGAGGUAGAAAACACUGCGGUAAGAGUGGACCGGCUGGAGCGAGAAGUGGAUUAUCUUGAAACCCAGAAUCCUGCCCCACCCUGUGUGGAAGUAGAUGACAAGCUCACAGAAAACCAGGUGUCUACUGCCAAGAAGCGCAAAAAUGAGAAGUAUGACAAAAUGACAGAUUGCAGUGACACGGUGUCCCAGGUGAAAGCCAUGAAGAUUCUGAGGCGGUUUGGCAGCACAGCUGGACUCUGGACCAAAGAUCCUGUGGGUAACUCAGAGAAGAUCUAUGUGUUUGACGGCACCAGCAAUGACACUGUUUAUGUCUUUCCCAGAAUGAGGGAGUUCACACUCUUCUCCGCUACCCGGAAGGCUGCGCGCAUCAGGUUACCCUACCCUUGGGUUGGAACUGGACACUUGGUGUACGGAGGCCAUCUUUAUUAUAUCCGACGACACGGCACAUUCCAGGUCAUUAAAUUUAGCCUGGUCAACAAAACUAUUGUUGACAGUUCUGUUUUCCCAGCUGAGGAGCAGAUCCCUGUUUUUGGUCUUUCUUCAUACAACUACAUUGAUCUGGUGGCAGAUGAGGAGGGGAUCUGGGCUAUUUAUGCCACCCAAGAAAAUGAAAGAAACAUAGCGUUGGCCAAAUUAGAUCCUGCAUCUUUAGACAUUGAGCAAAUGUGGGACACACCAUGCCCUCGAGAGAAUGCAGAGAGUGCUUUUGUCAUCUGUGGAGCUCUCUAUGUUGUAUACAAUACCCGGCUUCCGAGCAGGUCCCGUAUCCAGUGUGUCUUUGAUGUCAGUGGCUCCAUGGCACCUGAAGAUGCUGCCCUGAUCUACUUCCCCAAGCGGUAUGGCUCUCACUCUAGUAUGAAGUACAAUCCCAAGGAGAGGCAGAUCUAUGCCUGGGAUGAUGGUUAUCAGCUGAUCUACCGCAUGGAGAUGAAGAAGAAGACUGAAGUCUGACAGGUUUAGGACUGUGGUGGGAAGUGAAUCAUAAAUGUCUUUCAGUACCUCAACACCUUUCAGCUGUCGCAUGGUGGCAAGUGGCACAUAGCAUGUACAGUAGCCACAAAAACCACUCAUUCAGCUGGACCUUUUAGCAAAGAAUGAUUUCUUGAUAACAUUAAGUGUUUUGAAGCCACACGUUUCCCGUAUUUGGGCUUGGGUGGGGGAACUGCCAACUGUUUUUCCAAGUACAGUUAAAAUCAAAACAGCAUGGCCUUUAACACGAAGACAGACCGACAGACCAAAUGAUUUUUAUGUUUGGGGAAAAAACAUAAAAGUUUUGGAUUUAGGCUUAAGCCGAUGUGACUUUAACCCAAAUAAACAAUCCCUCUGCUUGUUUAUUCUGGCAGUGGGAUCAGGCCCUAAGCUAACUAACCUUAAAGAGGUAUAUUUUCUGGAAAGUCGGUGAUAGUUAAUACAAUGUUUCUUGUCACUCUGCCUGUUUUAGUUUGUAACUGAAUAAAGCCUGAAAAUCCCAA